GAGAGCCGGAGCGGAAGUGAGGCGCAAAGGGCGGCGCGAUGGCGGCUCCGGGUUGUCGGUUGCGUGGUCUCUGGCAGCUGCUGCUCCUCUUGGUGGCCCGGCUGGUCUCUCCCGGGUGGGCUCUUUACUUCCACUUGGGCGAGACCGAGCGCAAGUGCUUCAUUGAGGAAAUCCCCGACGAGACCAUGGUCUUAGGGAAUUACCGGACCCAGCUGUUCGAUAAACAACGGGAGGAGUACCUUCCUGCUACACCGGGCCUGGGCAUGUUUGUGGAAGUGAAAGACCCUGAUGAAAAGGUGAUAUUAUCCCGGCAGUAUGGCUCAGAGGGCAGAUUCACUUUUACUUCACACACACCUGGAGAACAUCAGAUCUGCCUGCAUUCCAAUUCAACAAAGUUCUCCCUUUUUGCAGGAGGCAUGCUGAGAGUCCACCUUGAUAUCCAGGUUGGAGAGCAUGCCAAUGAUUAUGCUGAGAUUGCAGCCAAGGAUAAACUGAGUGAGCUGCAGUUGCGUGUGCGUCAGCUCCUGGAACAGAUAGAGCAGAUCCAGAAAGAGCAGAACUACCAGCGGUGGCGAGAGGAGCGCUUCCGGCAAACCAGCGAAAGCACCAACCAGCGGGUUCUUUGGUGGUCCAUUGUCCAGACUCUCAUUCUUGUAGCCAUUGGAGUUUGGCAAAUGAGGCAUCUCAAAAGUUUCUUUGAGGCCAAGAAGCUGGUAUAAAAAGAAGGUGCCAUCGGCAAAAGGCCUGUAUUUCCCACAGGACCAGUUCCCAGUGCUUCAGAUGCCCACUCUGGUCCAUCUUCUCUCCUUAGUCAUCCUUUCCAUCAGACUGGUCACUGGCCAGGCUCAGUGUCAUCUACCUCUUCUGCAUCCCUUUCCAACUCUAUUGGUAUCCAGCCUGCUGUGAUUUCCAUGCAGUGUCCCAGCCCAUGGGAUAAUAUGUUCCCUCCAGAGGAUCAAGACCUGUCCACUCUUGCUGCUCCUCAUCCUCUUCAGCAUUGUGCAAGGAGUUUGCAGGGAGGGAGAUUCUGUGACCUGCCUUUCGACUGCCUCUCAGCAUGUCCUUUGUCAAAACUAGACUCUACUUUGAAGGACAUUUGGGACUCUUUCUGUAGCAGCCUCACUAAUGUCAGAGCCAAGGGACUGCUGCAAGUUUUGAGCCCUGCUGUACUUGUACUUGCUCUGACUUCUUAAUGUCACCAGUGCUUAACAGCACCAAGAAGGAAAGCACUAAAUUAGAAAAUCUGAAGGCUGUGCCUGCAGUUCUCUUGUCCUGUAUGAUCAUAAUAUGAAUGGGAUGCAGAGUAAGCUUGGGGUGGACUGCCAUGGGAUUGGUGGAGCAAUAUUGAGAACUGUUUCUGAAAUGCUUUUGUGUGUUUUGUUGGGGGUGUUGGUAUGAUAAUCACUGGGCUGCUGAUCUUAAGUAUUGAAGAUUUUGUGACUCCAUGUCUUCCUUUUAGAAUUAAAUUAGCUGUUCCUGUAUACAUGCAGCCCCUAUUUUUCUAAGAAAUCAGUGCUAUCUUUUCGAUCUAACAUAAAGCUAUGAACAGCUGUGGGCUUGGUUAGAGAAUACUGCUGCUUAUAACAAGACUAUGUUGUAACUGCAUAUGGGCAGAAACUGCUGGUUCAGUGGAUGGCUGAACAGGUGUGUUCUGGUUCAGUAUCCUGCCGCCUCUGAGUGGGCGCCCACUCGAGGCAGCACACAGAGGAGGUGUGGCAGGGAAUCCAGGAUGCUGCUUCAGAGUGGGCGCCCACUGGAGGAGACAGAGUGGUGAACUGCAGAACACAUGUUCAGCCAUUUACUGAACCUGCAAUUUGUGCCUUUUCUAGUUGUAACACAUUUGUUCCCUGUUGCUCCACCAACCCAGUCCAAAUUAUUCUUGGAUGUAAGUUCUGCUUAUUUUUAUGAAUUUCUGUCUAUUGAUUUCAAGUAAUUUUCCAUAAUUUUGCAGCCCACAUCUCCAUGGGAUUUGUUUUGCUAAGAACAUUUCUGAACACCCACUGAAAAUACUAUAUGGUUGUAAUCCCAACAAUAUGGAAGAAUUUUCUCAUUCCUCCAUCAAAUUUUGGGGUUGAAGAGGAGAAGAUGGCUUGGUUCAGAUAUAGCCAUCUCAAGCCAAUGGCAUAUGUGGUCAUAUAUUUCUUCUCAUCUUGUGUACCUAUCCUCUGUACUAAGUUUUAGAUGUUUACCUUUGUUUGGAAUAGAGUUGGGCACGCUUUGGUGGAUUGGGCCCAAAAGAGUUGCUUGGGCUCGCUGGAUUCUCUUCCUCAACUCCUCCAGUGGGUGGCAAUUCAGAAAAGGAGGGGCAGGAAAGCAUAGGGUGCUGCUUCUGAGUGGGUGCCUGUGGGAAGAGGUGGGUGGAGAAUAUGAGGAGCCCAUGCAACACCUGUGGUUACGAUCAACUGAACUGCGCCAAAGCUGUGAACCACUCACAGUUCAUGCCCAUCUCUAGUUAGGAAAUAAUGGGACCUUAUACAGUAUAUGCUGGCUUACGUAAUGGGACUUUAUGUAAACCAACAUAUAUGUGCCAAAUCUGGGUCUAGAAAGGGAGGGGGAAGGAUGAACUAUAAUGGCACCUGGAUCUUUUUUUGGUGUAGGAGAGAUCUUCGUAUUUGAAUCUGGCUCUUAUGUAUGGAGAAUUAUCUGAAGAGUCUGUUAUUCAUCUGCAUUCUGUUUUGCUUAUGAAUAUUAGCAGAGGAAUGUUUGUAUUUGUUUGGAUUCUAGUCAUGUUGUUUUCUGUUUAAUCUUGUUCAGCCAUGGGGGAUGACCUAUUGAAGAGUGGUUUUACUAUUCAUUCAGUUGCUCUAUCAUCACAUAAUAUAUUCAUUACUGCUUUCCCCCAUAAAACUUCAAAACGUGUGUUCCUUCCCCCCCCCAAUCAACAGCAAGAAAUUAUGUAUUAUUUGCUUAGUUUCAUACUUAAUCUACACAUUGGUUCUCUGUAUGGAUAAAAUGGAGGGUUUUCUUACUUUACCUAAAUGUGAAAGGGAAAGGUUGCCUGACCAGAAUGCAGAACUAUUUAGAGAAGGCAGGGAUCUAUAAAUUGCUUGGAACAAUUUCAGUGCAUUUUGUGACUCAAUAGGAUUAGCAUAUUAAUUUCUGAAAUGAACCUUAAGACUCUUUUGCUUGCUUUUACCCUGAAUGUUUUGUGACUGGAUUAACAAUUGGCAUGUUGGAGUACUGUUACUGAGAUACUUGGGAAUGGCCUUAAGUUUGGACAAGGUUUAGUCCCCCUUGCUGAACUGAAUUUCCUAAUGAGUCCAGCAUGUUGGGAGCUAUGAAUCUAAUUUUCAGAUAGCAGAGCUUUUUGAAAACUGAGGGCUUGAAUUCUGUUCCAAGGAGCUCCUUGAGGCCAAGUUUUCUUACAGGACUACAGUUUGGUGGUAGACAUUCUAGACUGGUCUUUAUUUGUAUUAGAGCACUGCACAAUUUAAAAUUACGAACAUAUGUGAAAUAUAGGUAAAAUCUUUAAAAUAUUUAAAUGUUAAGAUAGACUAACAGACUAUUUUUGAGGAAAAGCAGGGUACUUCAGUAACAUGUCUGAUGAAGUGGACUUGUCCACAGAAGCUCACAUUAAAAAUAUGAACAUUAGUCUUUAAGGUGCCCCUACAUUGUAAUCUUUUAAUUUUUUUUUUUUACUUUUUAUUUCUAUAUUGCGUUUACCUAUAUCACAGACUUAUAAGGAUGUCCCUUCUACAACUACUUCAAUAGCUUUAUCUUGGCCAUUUACUGGAUCUUCUUUAGUACAAGUGGCGGGGCAUGAAUUGCAAACAUUUAAGUGCUGCAUUUAUUGAAUUUCUCCACAGUCACAGAAAAUUUGUCCUGUAUCCAAGUAGCCCCAUUUUACUUGAUUACUCUGCUCUUCUUACAUUACUGUGAAGCCUAUUCUGUGACUUCCAGAUGGUCCAGCUUGAGUCUUGUUGCUAGACAGGUGGAGGAGGAGUCCUAUACUACAUGGAUUAAUGGUGUUAUUAGAAUGUGAUGUGUUAGGGAAAAUACCUUUUUUAUUUCUCCCCCUAAAUACCAUACACUUACGAUGAUCUGAGUUUGUUAUCAGUAUAUCUCCAAUUAAGAAGUUCCAAGAUCCCAGCCCUCUUACGCCUAUGCUUGCAAAGGAGACCAGUUUCUUAUCGUUGUGACCCAGUGGAGAGGAGCACUUAAUUUGAUGACAGUUUAAAUAUUUCACAAUAUAUAUAUAAAGGCAAGCCCUGGUUGCUACUGUAUUUCUGGGUCAGAAGGAAAUUAUUAAAGGUGAACUUUGUUUCCAACAA